CCACUUUUCACCCACCAUUUUUAAGUAUCAAGUCAAAACCAGAAGCAAAGCUCCCAAAUUUUUGCUGGAAGAUAAACCAAGUUCCCAUUGAAAGAAUCAACUUUGCUACCAUUUUUGCUAUUAAUGGAGCUCAAAGUUGUAAAAGCAAGUGUUGAGAAAGGGGAGGGAUUGGGAUGGGGCAAAUCUUUGCUAGUUCCAAACAUCCAAGAGAUAUUGAAGAAUGAUUCUCAAUCAGUCCCUGAAAGAUACAUACAAGAACCGAAAGACAGGCCAUUAAUUUCUCAGAACCUGUUUGAUUCACUUCAAGUCCCCGUCAUAGAUUUCUCCAUGUUAGCUCAAAAGGAUGCAAAUGAAAUAAGGAAGCUAGAUCUUGCCUGCAAGGAGUGGGGCUUUUUCCAGAUAAUAAAUCAUGGGGUUAGAGAGGAGAUCAUGGUUAACAUGAAGGCAGCUAUGGCAGCUUUCUUUGAAUUGCCAUUCCAAGAGAAAUCCAAGUGUGCAAAGGGAGCUAAUGAGAUUCAAGGGUAUGGGCAAAACUUUGUGGUCUCAGAGAAACAGAAACUUGAUUGGUGUGACAUGAUGUUCUUAAAGACAUUUCCCCAUGAAACCAGGAAUUUCAAGUUUUGGCCACUCACUUUACCAGGUUUCAAAGAGGCGGUGGAAGAAUAUUCAACAGAAAUACGAAAGGUUUCGAACAAGAUCGAUGCUAACUUAUCGGUGUUAAUGGGGAUGGACGAAAAUGGAUUGAAAAGGAAGCUAGGAGAGUUUCAACAAGGAAUAAGAAUGAACUAUUAUCCAACAUGUUCAAGGCCUGAUCUUGUUCUUGGUAUUAGUCCUCAUUCUGAUGGAAGUCUAUUCACUUUGCUACUACAAGAUGAUGAGAUCAAUGGCCUUCAAAUUAAGCACAAAGAAGUAUGGAUUGAUGCUAAACCAAUCCCGAAUUCUCUUGUGGUCAACAUUGGUGAUGCUAUUGAGAUUCUGAGCAAUGGAAUGUAUAAAAGCAUUGAACAUAGAGCUAUCAGCAAUGAGAAGAAACCCAGAAUGUCAAUUGCAACAUUUGUGAUGCCAGGUGAUGAAGUCCAAAUAGGUCCACUGGAUUCAAUGGUGAAUGAGAAGCAUCUCCCUAGAAGUUAUAGAAACAUCAAGUACAUCGAUUACAUCAGGCAAAAGUUCGCCAUGAAAAUGCAGGGAAAAGCUCACACCGCCAUUGUUAAGCUAUAAAGCAAAUCAAAAUGCUAGCUCUGUUCUUCAUGUCUGUUUUGUAACAAGUCAAUAUAUGAUAAUUCACCGCUCUUUAAAACAAGAGCAGUAUUCAA